GCACGCGCACCACCUGGACUGCGGUUGUUCGAUAGCUGGGGUUGGAGGGCGUGUUCACGAACCAGCGCCCACGUGCGCUGGCGUCGAUGUCACGCGUGCGCCAAGCUCGCGACUGAUGCAGCCGACUUGCCCUUUCUUGGAUAAUUCUUUCGCGACUGAUUUUCCCGCCUCGGCCGACGGCCUGAUGGGCGCCUGCGCAGAAGUCGAUAGGGCCGUGACUGUUGCUUGGGGAUACGAGAAGGAGGAAGCGUCGAUGGAGGUGCGCGCAUGCGCCGUGGAAGAAAGACGAAACGGCGGGAUUCAGGGGUACGCAAGUGAGAAUGUCCAUCAUAACCAUUCAGCUGGGUCAGUGUGGCAACCAGAUUGGGCGUGAGGUGUUUGAUACAAUCUCUAGAGACCUCCACAGCUCCCAAGGAUUGUGCUCCAAGAAGGAGAAUGAUUCUUACCAGACAGCUUGCAAAGAACGUUUCUUUGAGGAGAAACCAGAAGGUAUGAUCGCUCGGGCUGUUCUGGUCGACAUGGAACCUAAAGUGAUCAACCAGACUUUAUCUUUGGCCUCAAGAACUGGGAGUUGGAAAUAUGCCCCCCAGUCUGCCUUCUGUCAAAAGCAAGGGUCGGGAAACAAUUGGGCAAACGGUUACUGCAUUCACGGUCCCAAGCACGAAGACGCGAUCAUGAACCUGAUCCAGAAGGAAGCGGAGAAGUGUGACCGCCUCGGUGGCUUCUUGAUGAUUAUGAGCAUGGCUGGUGGGACGGGGUCGGGCCUGGGGGCGUUUGUGACGGCAACCCUAAGAGAGGCGUAUCCAAACUCCUUCCUGCUCAACCACGUGAUCUGGCCCUACGGAACCGGGGAGGUUAUUGUCCAAAAUUACAACUCCGUUCUGACGCUCUCACACUUAUACCAGUCCUCGGACGCACUUCUGGUCCACGAGAAUGACGCCCUCCAUAAGAUCUGCACGCAGCUGAUGAACAUCAAGCAGAUUUCUUUCCAGGAUAUCAAUCGAGUGAUUGCACAUCAGUUGGGAAGCGCCUUCCAGCCAGCUUACUCCUCCGAAGGGGCAGCUCACUACAGCAGGUCACCUCUAGGGGACCUGAUGGAAGCUUUAGUUCCCCAUCCAGAGUUUAAGGUAUUGGGCCUCCGGAAUAUCCCUCAAAUGUCUGAGAAUUCCCUUGCCUACACCACCUUUGCUUGGCCUGGGCUCCUGAAGCACCUCAGGCAGAUGCUCAUUGCAAAUGCCAAAAUGGAGGAAGGUAUUGACUGGCAGGUGCGGCCUCCAGCCACCAGAGUUCCUGCAGCUCAGAAGCCAUCUUUAAAUCGGACGGUUAAUUUUAAUACUUCUAUUGCCAAUUUGGUUACUCUGCGAGGGAAAGAUGUGCAGAGUGCAGAUCUGGGUGGUUUCCAGGAUCCAGCCUUGUAUACUUCCUGGCUAAAUUCUCUGCAGGCUUUGAGCAUCUGGAAGACCCCAAGAGCCUUUAAUAAGUAUGAGAAGUCUGCGUCUUUAGUCAGCAAUAGCCAAUUUUUGCUCACCCCUCUCAAUAGCCUAGUGGGCAAGGCUUGGAAAAUGUUUGCUUCCAAGGCUUAUAUUCACCAGUAUUCAAAAUUUGGGAUUGAAGACGAUGACUUUCUGGGCUGUUUCACAACUUUGGAACAAGUGAUUGCCAGCUACAGCAGCCUCUGAUUUUCAAAUCUAUCUCUGGAUGGUUUGGGACGGUAUUUAAGUUUUUCAGUUCCAAAAAACAGGCGACAAGUACAUAAGUACCGUAUGCAUUUCCGAGAUGAUCAAAAACAUAAUUAGGAAAGUAUCGUGUGCCCAUCCCAACGAAGCACAUGGAUUCUGCAGUGCCUUACAAAUGCUGGAGCUUCCACACCUACGGAGGUCCCCUCCUAGAACUGGGGAGCUCCACAUUCUCGGCGGAGGAAGUACAUUCAGCGACAGGUACUUGAAACGGGACGGUGCGCUCAGCUUUGGAUCACAUCGGGCACAGCCAGUGAUUGGAGAGAGCCCUUUUUUCAUUCACUAGCAUGUAUAUUUUCUACAUUCCUAGUUUUAUGUGUAUUGAAUUGAAUAUAUAAAUUAAUUUAUGGCAUCUGCCGGAGUGAAUACUCAUUUUUCUUCCUACAGCAGCAACAUGGGGUGGCUUAAUUUGAGAAAAAGUGUCUUAACAGAGUUGCCCUGUUUGGGGAACGAUUUGAGCUGUAAUCAUCUAGAUUCUCGCCCCAUACAAAUCCAGGCCCCCCCUUUCUGCUGUUUUGAGAUCAGCAAGAAAUGAGGACUUUUUGGUUCUUCUACAGAUCGAAAGAGAUCCUUGGCAAGUGGAAUUCUUUUUGGCUGCUGUGAAAAAAAAAAGUUUACAUACAAUUGUGAUGUUUGUUUGUAUCUCA